CAGCUGGCCUGCCUUUAGCUAAACAUGUAGCACCCAUUUGGCCUUCUCCUUGCUUUCUUAUCGUCUUGUGUGUCACUUAGUUGGUCUCAAUCCUUACUUUCUGAUAGCCUUUAACUAAAAUGUGAUGGCUUGAGGGCAGAAAUGUUCUUUGACACUGUUGUUUGAUAAUGACAACUACAGGUGGUACUGUACUUGGAGAAACCUUUGAUUAUUAUAAUUCUUUUUAGUAACAGCUGUAAAUUAAUUUGGGAAUGUGGCUUUGAAGUAUUGUGGAGAGUAGCUCGUCACAGUAGGCUUUAAAAUAUGCAGUCAGCUUACAGCCAGUGGAAAUGCUGGCAGUCAUUGUUGUGGUUUGUCUUACUAUGGAGUAAGUAACUGGAUUGGCUUAAUCUGAGGUUUUGUAUUGCUCCUUCUCCUGUGUCUCUUGCUAAGAAGAAAUGCACCACUGAUUUCAAACACUUGUGCUUAUGUGACAAUGAAGUGAACGCCUCUCACUGUGCCUUGUUAUAGGAACGCCGUACAGAACAACUUGUGCUUAUGCAAAUGGAAGAACAUGCCAGUUUGAACAACAGAAAAAUACGUAUCUCCUUUGAAACCAAGACUCUUAGACUUCCUCAAUCUGAAGGAAGAGAGGCAGCUUUCUCAUUUCCAAAAUUCAUGUGGGUUUAAAGUAAACUUUAACCUUUGUUCCUUGUGGUUGUGUAGGCAACACAUACUUGCUAUGUUAGUCUCAUAGUAAUUUAGGGCUGGAAAGGACUCCCUUGGUUGCCCAGCUCCUUGCUUUCCCAAGGAGUGUCUCGUAAUCCUUUGGGUGAACUUGUUUUUAGGCUGGACUUCUGUCUUUUCUUCUCCCAUAGAUUAAACCAUUACUGAAGCUGACAGCUCUGACUGUGCAGUUAGGAACGUUUCGAUCCCCGGAACGAAUGUUCAUGCCAGCUUAAUUUGAGCUGGUGGUGUUACCUAUUUUGUAUAAGGACCUCCUCUCGUUUUCAGUAUUACCUUUUUUGCUGUGUUCUGUAAACUGCAGCUGUAUCCCCUCACCUAUGUUUUGCUGUGCCCAGUGGCCCCGUGCUUUCUAGUAGCUUACUGAACAGUGCCUGUUCUUAGUCUAGGUAAAUCUCCUCUGAGCCGUGACAAUAACUGUGUGCUGACUUCCAAGGGAGACCUUAUAGGAGUGCUUUUCAGUGUCACAGAUCUGCCUUCAUUUGCCUCUGUGUCAUGGAUGUGUCUUUGCAGCACCUUUUUCAGUGAAAACUGUGCUUCUUGGUGUUCAGCCUUCUGCUGUAUCACCAUCUGUACUUCAGAAUUUUGCCCUGUUUCUGUUAACCAAGUGCUUUGCACCUCAUCCCUGUUGGCUUUGCCUUUCAUUUCUGUAGCUUUGUUGUUGAGGCCGUUUGUAAGAAAAACCAGUGGUUCUCCAGGCUGAUUCUUGAGGAGUGUGUUUGGUUUUGAGGCUGGUGUUUUAUUGUUCAUCACCUGGGGCUCUCUGCUGUUAAGACAGUUUCUUUGUGCCUUUCAACAGUUUUUUGUCAAAUCUGUCUUACCCAGUAGAUCUUCGUGUGCCUCCUGAGACCAUAUGAAUAAACCACAUCAGAGUGUUUUUCAAGAAAGCUCUUCUUCUGAAAACCUUCAGAUUGGUCUGACAUCUUGUAUUAUUUCUUUUCCCUGUUCCCCAUGUCUUUGUAAUCCCCUUUUCUUUCAAAGCACUGUUUUACACCAAAGUAAGACCAGCAGGCCUGGAGAUGCCACAGUCUUUCUCCAAUGCAGCACUGCAUUCCAGGCAGUAUUGAUCUGAAGACUUGAAACCUAUGGCUACUUCUUGUAUCCUUCCUGAAGAAGAAACGUGUUCAGUUGGAGUUUUUCUUAGUUGGGAUGUGUUCAUUAUAAUGAGAACACCUUUUGACUCCUGGAAGAAUGCCUCUUGGGUCACUCUGUCUGCAGAGAAAUCUUCUAUACCACAGUGUGGCCAGCUUCAUGAACUGGAUCCUUUAAGGCUUGACUUUCAAAGAACAAACUGGUGACUUUCCUUCUGUUUCUGCUUAUCCUUCCUUUUGAGCUCCUGUGUUUCUUAAUGAUAGUUCAGUCUAAGGUUAAUUCCUACAGCCUUUCACGUGUGCAUUCUGUAUGUACUAAAGUCUGAAUAGUGUCACUGCUGGUUUAACUACCUGAUGAAACUUCUUACCCCAUUGUAUUAAAAACGACCUUGGUCCAGUUGUAAUUAAUAAAAAAGGGGAUGAACAUUGUGGAAAGAUAAUGCUUCCAAAAGGAAGCAUCAGAGUUUCUGUAAAGUUAGGGAAUGUCUGUCUGGGAUGCUUGCUCUGCCAUCAUCGUUGUGCUGAAUGCCUUUGGAGAUGCUUUUGGAGAUGACUCUGAAUUCCAGCUCUUUCAGUUGUUGUCUUCUCUCUUUCUGUCAUCCCUGUGUCAUCUGUGGUGUGAUUGGAAAGUAGGGAACAGAGAUCUGAGCUUCCUGAGGCUCCAAUGAAUAAUUGAUUGUAUGUCAUCUGAGAGGGGAGGUGUGUGCAUGUAUGAAGGCUUGCAUUUAUGCACCAGUCCAGCAUAGGAGCCAACUGUAGUGACAACGAGCUGUACUGAAACUUGUAAAAACAGCAGUGUCAUUCCAGAACUGGUACUGCUGUGAGCAGCUACCACAGCUUUUCUCCUGGAAGCACCUCCAAAACGCCCUUCUGAGUGGGGAAGGGAAGAUUGCUGCCUUUCACCUGCACCUUGAUUCUGGCCUGGACACUGACCCAGGGUUUCUGGUAUGCACUUAAAGCCAUAUCUCAAGUUACAGAGGAAAGAGCGAUCAGAAAUAAGCCAGGACUCCCUCAGAGGCCCACCUAUGACCCAUCAGAGGUCACCCCGAGAAGACAAAUACGCCACCAACUGCACCAAGCUGAGCGUUUUCCCCAAACCCCCCCUUGUGAGUCCAUCUCGAAAGCUUCUGGGAAUUAUUUAUCCAAAUACUAUGUGCAAUAUGAACGGGAAAGGUCCGGCAGAUGGUCUGAGCGCCAGGGAGAAGAAAAACGUCCUGUCGGCAACGAUCCAUCAGGGAGAAGAAGGGGAAGGGCCUCUGGAUGUGUGGGCCGUGGUGAAGCCCGGCAACACGAAGGAGAAGAUCGCUUUCUUCGCGGCCCAGCAGUGCAGCAGCAACAACCGGCUGGGCUCCAUGAAGCUCAAAAGCACGUGGGAUAUCGAUGGGAGAACGGUGAAACGCCGGAAAAAAACGGUAGAUCUGAAAAAAGCCAAGCUCCAGUUGGAAAGGAUGAGAGAGGCGAACGCCAGGUGCUCCCAGCCGGAGCCUUUCGCGUGCGGCAUCGAGCACUGCUCGGUGCAUUGUGUGAAUGACAGUGGUGAGGGGGUGUUCCCGGGCAGGUCCCUCUCCGUCAUAGAGAUGGUUGCGUUUCUGGAGCAGCGAGCAAGUGCUUUACUGGUAGACUGUGCUAAAACUUGCACGUCCGCCUCCACGGCGAGGCUGAGCGCUGUGUCUAAAGGUGCUCUUCCCAGCUCUGAGCCUUUCUCCGCCGCCGGGCCGUGCGAGGUACAUGAGAGGGGAAGCUGUGGCAGCAGCGAGCAGCAGCAGAGCGAGCCGGUGCGCGUCCUGGACAUGGUGGCCAAGCUGGAGUCGGAGUGCCUGCGGCGGCAGAGCGAGCGGGACGGCGGCAGCCUGUCGCGCAACAACAGCUUCCGCAGGAACGUGGGGCGGGUGCUCCUGGCCAGCAGCACGCAGCCCGCUGCUGAGCCUGGCAGGGCCUCUGUAGGCAGUGUGGGUGAAGAGCCAGGGGCGGCGGGGGCUGGCUGCGGAGCGAGGUGUGGGGAUGCUGGGCUGUGGGAUGGCGCUGCCUCUGCUCCGCAGCCGUUCCCUCCUGGGUUGGAGGGGAGCGCGGGUUCGGGACUUGCUCACGCUGUGUUGGCCAUUGCGGCUGGAAGGAGCGAUGCUGAAAGGCGGGUUGAGCCUCCCAGGGCUCUGCCAGCCCUGUGUCCGGCUGUGGCUGGGGUGCCGGCGGAUUCCUUGCCGAGCAAGAGCACGAGUGUUGAUUGUACGUUGAAAGAAGCUGUGAUCCUCUCGAAGCAGAGCCUGCAUCCUGCUAGGAAGGAGCCCUUGUGCAUCAGUAUAUCGGUCUCCAAGAGUGAUAGGAAAGAGAAGCUCCCUCCCUCCAGUUUGAGUGAAGACCCCCUCCCAGGGAGGUUGUUUUUUCUGCAGGCUGAACAGAAUGCCGCUCCUGCCCCACAGCCGCUGCAGGAAUGUACCCAAGGGAAGCCAGGACAAGGAGUGCAGAACGAGGAUGAGGAGGCUGUGGAAUCUGACAAAUCGUGUGUCGGGACCAGUGUCUCUCCUGAGCCAUCAGCCCUUUCUGUUCCCCCUCCAGAAGGUGCUUUGCAAGUACUCGAUGCUUCCUGCUUGAAACGGCAGGUCUCGCAUGACUUUUUGGAGACCAGGUUUAAAAUCCAGCAGCUUCUGGAACCUCAGCAGUAUAUGGCUUUCCUGCCUCACCACAUCAUAGUGAAGAUCUUCGGCUUGCUCCCUACGAGGAGCCUGGUGGCCCUAAAAUGCACUUGCUACUACUUCAAGUUCAUCAUCGAGUACUACAACAUCAGGCCAGCAGACUCACGUUGGGUCCGCGACCCCCGCUACCGAGAAGACCCCUGCAAGCAGUGCAAGAAGAAGUACGUGAAGGGGGACGUGUCGCUGUGCCGCUGGCACCCCAAACCUUACUGCCAAGCUUUACCCUACGGGCCUGGCUACUGGAUGUGCUGUCACAGGUCCCAGAAGGGCAUCCCGGGCUGUAAGUUGGGUCUCCAUGACAAUCAUUGGGUUCCUGCCUGCCACAGCUUUAACCGUGCUCUCCAUAAGAAGACCAGAGGAGCGGGAGCCGAAGGAGAAGAGGAAUAUUAGUGCACAUACACUUUCCUGUGAGAUGGUUUGGGGUAGGAGGAGAUUCUCAUGCCUUGUGCUGUUUACAGUGUAUAUAAUUGUCGUGUUUUUCACAGGGCUAUGAAACUGCACAUACUUCAACACAAGAGCCUUUACCUUUUAGAAUAAAGAAAGCUUUUAGUCCAUCUAUGUAAAUAACACUAUAAAAACUAAUUGUACAUACAGAGUCUACAGCUGGCUGAACAACGUAAUCACUACAAUGCAGCUAUGAUAGUGUUGCGGCUAUAGGUGUGUGUGUUUUUAAGUGUCUUGUUUCAAAAUCUGUAUAUCCUGUAUAAUAUAUGAAUGUUUCUGAGAAGAAACUCUAAAUAGGUAAAGGCCAACCUGGUUAAAGAAUCUUCAAACAACUUAACUGGACAACCUUAAAACUAGACUAGAACAGAAACAUGACAGUAGUGGUGGCAGUGGAGGAAAAAAAAGAGAGGAAUAUUAUUGUAUAGUCAGAAUAUAAAAGAAGUUCUUGCCUACCUUAUCCAUGUUGUCUGGUUGGUUUUUUUGGUUUUUUUUUUUUUUUUUUUUUUUUUUUACUUAAAUAAAACAUGCAUUCUAGAUCUGCCUUA